UACUCAGUUUACUUCUGUUCUUCAUUUUAUAAUUUCUUGAAUAUUGUGUGAAUAAGUAAAUCACAAUGAAGUUUAUGGUGUUUUUAAGUAUCGCCUUGCUCUUAGGCGCUUCGGCUGAAGAGAAGAAAAAGGAAGACGCAAAGCCAGUAGAAGAAGCGAGCAAAAAGCAAGACAAAAGAGGUAUUUUCGAUCAUGAUUUCGGUGGUCAUGAUUUUGGUGGACAUGAUUUUGGAAGCAGCAGCCAUGCUAGUUUCAGUAGCCACGACUUUGGAUCCCAUGGACAUGAAAUUCAUCAUCAUGAACAUCACGAACCAAUCGUUCAUGAAAAGACUUUGACCAUCGUUAAGAAAAUCCCAGUUCCAGUUCAACAUGUGAAAGAAGUUCAUGUUCCACAUGUUAAGGAAGUACAUGUUCCAUACGAAGUUAAAGUGCCAAAGCCUUAUCCAGUCGUUAAACACGUCCCAUAUGAAGUCAAAGAAAUCGUUAAGGUCCCAGUCCAUGUAUCAAAACCAUACCCAGUUGAAAAGAUUGUCCACUAUCCAGUCCAUGUUCAAGUUGAAAAGCAUGUUCCAUAUGAAGUCAAGGUUAAACAACCAUAUCCAGUAGUUAAGGAAGUCAAAGUUCCAGUUGAGGUCAAGGUCCCAGUCCCAUACCCAGUCGUCAAAGAAGUCAAAUACCCAGUUGAGAAGGUCGUUCAUGUUGACAAACCAUAUCCAGUUGAAAAGAUUGAACAUUAUCCAGUCCAUGUCAAGGUUGACCGUCCAGUACCAUACAAUGUUGACAAACCAUACCCAGUCUACCAUGAAAAGAAAGUCCCAUACCCAGUCGUUAAGGAAGUUAAAUAUCCAGUCCAUGUUCCAGUUGACAGACCAGUCCCAGUCUACAAAGAAAGAGAAGUCAAGGUUCCAGUAAAGGUUCCAUAUGCAGUCCCAUACCCAGUCCACAAAGAAGUUCCAUAUCCAGUCGAAAAAGAAGUCCCAUACCCAGUCAAGGUACCAGUUGACAGACCAGUCCCAAUUGAAAUUGAAAAACACGUUCCACACUACGUUGAAAGACCAAAAGCAUAUCAUGUCGAAGUUCCAGCUCAUCACGAACAUCACGAACAUGUUGAACAACAAGACCAACAUGAUCAAUAUGACCACCAUGACCAUCAUCAAUCUCAUGAACACCAUUACUAAGUAUUUAAAUUGUGAUAAACAAUCAAGUAUUGAUCUUUUUUAAACAAUCUCUAGUAUUAUUAUUAUUAUUUUAAUUAUUAUUAUUAUUAUUUCUUCAUUAUCCUAUAGUCUUUAUAUCCAAUUUUAUUGUUAUUUCUGUUGUGACUAUUUUUCCGCUAAUCUAUUUCAAUUCUCUCUGCGCAUUUCACACUUCAUUUCCAAUUUAAUGUUAAGCAAACAAAACUAAUUUCCAUAAAAAUCGCAUUUUGACAUUUUCGAAACGUUGAUGGAAGCAUGUCGUUAUAGUAGCAUCACAGAACCUUAUUUACCAUUCAAAUGUAUACGACUUGCUGUCAUCAAUGUGAGAAAAAAAUGGUCUUGAUGAAUACAAAAUAUGGAGUGGAUAAAAUAUGGUGGUCAAGUGGCAUAAUCUGCUUCAUUGCAAAUUAAUAGCUAUGAUUUCGACCAUUAUACUGUCACUUCAUGCCUGUACAUCACUCUUGACUGUGUCAGAUGAUUCAUGAAACCAAAAUAUUAAAUCCAUAGAGUGAAAAGUGAAAAGCUUUUCAAAUUAAAUAUGUGUAUUUUCGUCAUUCGAUGUAUUGUGUAUCAUUAUUAAGCAUAAAAUACAUUCACUAAGGAUACAGAGGAAGAAGAAAGAAGUAAAGAAUAUUAAGAUAAAU